UCUCACCCAAUAUUUGUUCACCAUGUGGCUACUCAUACUAGCAGGUUUAUUAGCGACUUCAGUCGGGAAGGAGACGGUAUCGAGUGGCGGUGAAAAAUCAGCGAAGCCGGAUGACGUAGUUUUGCUCGAGAUCGACGUGAAAGAGCCUUCGAAGAGAUCACCGGUUAGCGCUAGCGCCGUUUACGGCGCAUCGCCGAGUCAGUACAUAAUCCGUCACGGUGACGAUGCGCAAGAGUUGUCCCCGGAAUAUCUGAGUUUCGUGGAGCAAUACGCGAACGCAUAUUCGUCGCCGUCUCAACAGCAACGGACCGGGCCACCGCCGAGAAGGCCGCUCCCAGCGUACGCGAGACAACAGCAGCAAUUGCAACAGGCUUAUCAGAACCAGAGAGUACCUGCGGUAGCGCCACCCAGACCACGCUUGACUCUUCAUCCCCAGGCUCAGGCGCAGGCGGAUGCUCAGGCUGAUUAUCAAUCGCAGUCGAGAUUGAGCGUCGCUGGUACAACUGCUCAGGGUUAUCAAUUAGCAGCGGCUUAUCCGGACGCUAAAUUGGGCACUUUCGAGCAAGAGCUGCUUCAAUUGGUCUCGGCGAAUCAGGCGCAAGAAUUCAAGUUGGCGGAGGGUGGAGCGCCAAAGCAGUUGUUGAAACAAGCAGUUUAUCCUCAAUACACGCAGGAGGUUCCGGCCUAUCAGAGUCAGUACGUAAAGCCGACCGCCGAGCCGGUCCAGGAGGAACAAUAUCACGUCGAAACGAGUGGCCCGAGAUUCCAACAGCAGCAUGUGCCGGAAGCUUACGUUCCUCCUCAGCCUGCGCCGUUGCAAUAUCAUCAGCGUCCGCAAUACGCUGCGAAACCAGCAGCCAAGCCAUUCCGGCCAUCAAGUCAAUACUACGAAGAACCAGCGCGUGCCGCUCAACCUCAACUCAACGCUCAGGGUUACUCCGCGCACAACGUAGCCCAGGCCCAAGCGAACGCGGAAGCCCAGGCCCUCGCUUUCCAAAAGAUCUCUCAAGCCUCCCACGUGAAUCAUCAGCACGCGGCUCUCGAACAGAUUCGACUAGUAGCCCAACGCCACGAGGAACAAAGUGCCCUUGAACAAAUCCGCCAGGGCGAAGGUGUCAGCGAAGCUGGACGCGCACAAAUCGCCGAAGAAAUAACUGACCCCGAAGCCGCUUACCAAGCCAAGCUCAAGGCACAGGCCAGGCUCAAGGAAGCCGAAAGCAGACGAGCUCAAGAAGCGGCCGAAUACAAGGCUCACGCUGACGCUAUUCUACACCUCCAAGCCCAACAACAGGCUCAUCUGAAGGCCCAAGAAGACGCCCACAAUUACGCCCUCAACUUCGAAAAGAAUCAACUGCGCGCCCAGGCCCAAGCUCAAGCACUCGCCAAUGCUCAGGCUCAGGAACUCUACAAAUCUCAUCAACAGGCUCGCGCGAAUGCCCAGAAGGAGGCUCAGGCCGCUGCCAGGGCACAGCACGAAGCCAGACAGCGUGAUCCCGAGAAUACUCCGGUCAUUCAGUAUCUCUUGCCUAACAACAACACGCCUCUUCCACCUCCGAACAGUUACUUCACCAGUUCAGACGUCCAAAAGUAUCAGACUUCCGGCUCUUCCUACGUGCCUCGUUCCGCUCCGAGGCCCACCGAAAGCUCCGCCGAAGAGAUUCAACAUCACCACAGCGUCAAUCAGCCCCGACAGGCUCACAAACACAAAAUCCCCCAAGGAACUCAGGGCUCGACUUACGUAUCGCAAUCCGGCUUGCUGAAGAAAGCUCCAGUCAAAUCUCUCACCAUUGAGGAGAUCAUCGAACAGGAUCAAGUCAAUUCUCCCCAGCUAAUCAGGAUCCCAUCAUCGAAAACACACGCCGCGUUGACUCAGGCCGACCUUGAAGCCCUCAUAAACGCCGGCUACACCGUAACUCCUGUUCCGGACCUUCCACGACCCACCCAACGAAAUUAUGCUGUGGAAAACAGCUCCGCCGGUUACUACGUCAAGAAACACAGCACCGCCACUCCCAGACCCGACUAUUCUGCUUACUCCGAUCCUGCUGCUAUCCCGCGUCAACGUCGACCAAACAGAAAACAACGACCCAUUUUGCAACAACACCAAGAAAGUGAAACCGAAGGAAACGAAAAAGUGACUUUUUUGGUACCCAUCGAAAGCUCCCCUUAUGGAACACGAAGACCACCGCAGAGAAGUAGCCUCGUUGCUGAAGAAUAAACGAUAGACGAAUCAAGUCAAUUUCACCUUUCACACACGUUCUCUCACACUCUCUCUUUCUCUGUUUUUGUCUAGCUUUUGUUCCACGCGUUCUAAUCAUUUAUUUACUAUGAUAAUAUGACUGUUUCGCCUUCAACGAUGACCACUGUUUCGAAUGAACAUUCGAAAAUGGACCUCCGAGUCUCGUUCUCACUUCGAACAAGAUUCAACCGGAAAUAGACGAUUCUUCUCAAUAGAAAAAUCAUGGGACAUGAUUUUUUUCAUUAUUUGUACAAUCCUUUUUUUUUAUUGUUCCCUUAAAUAGCACUUUUUAUAGUAAUACACACGUUGUACCGCGUCCUAUAUAUUUUAUCACGUCGCCGUUCCACACACAAACACGUCCACACACCAGACUAAAUGUUCUCUGUAUCGUACGGCUCUUUUCCUACAUUUUGUUUUCGUACCAUUCGCGUCGAGAGAUUCCCGUGGCUGUGUCGAGGAGCGAUUAUUUUUUCGUUCAUCGAUGAGGCGAGUUCAUCGGAAAGAGAAUAUUCGUACCGUAGAAAAAAAGGUUAAAACGACGAGGAUCGACGUUCUAUCACUCUUCUUCUCGCUCACACUUUCUUCUCUCGUUCCACUACACUUUCAAUCACUUUUCCCCUGAAUAUUCAUACCUUUUUUUUAUUAUUUGUUGAACAUCUGUUCGAGGCUUCGCGAAAAUAUAUGUACACAUAAACGGACCGAGAAAGACGAAAAAACAGUCUUGAGAGCGCGCUGUCACUUGGAAUAAUCAGCAGAAAUUUGAAAUAUAUAGUUUUUCAUGAAUCGCUCAUAAAUCAUUUUGAAGUAAUACAUUAAACGGAUUUAUUUGGGUGAUGAAUUGGAAGGAGGAUCAUUUAUGAUUUUCAAGAUAAUCGCAAAACGGAUGAGCAGUAAAUAUUACAAUUGUUUCGACGAAAAAAUUUAUAACGAAAAAAAAAAAAAUUGUCGCACAUAUUUGUAUUUUUAAAUAAAUAUAUAUGAGGUAUUUAUUUUACUUCCAACCCGUAGGUUCCAUAUCGACGCUGUUGGAAAAGCGGAAAAGUGGCAGCUUCCGGUGCUGAUGAGUUGGAUGUUCAUUAAUUUAUACUCGUUUGUAAAUAAUAGUAUUUUAAUUAAUAAAAUUGUUGAUAAAUCUGUCUGAAAAAUA